AUGAUCUGGAAUGUACUGCUUGGGAGGUUGGUGGAAGCUGGUUCAACAGUAACUUUCAAAAGGGGAAUUGGACAAGUACCUGGCAAGAGAAGCACUUGGUGCGGGCUGAACUACCACAAGAGAUGCGCAUUCAACAUUCCCAAUAACUGCAGUGGUGCCAGGAAGCGAAGACUGUCCAACACCUCACUCACCGGUUCCAUCAACUCACGAUUAUCGGCCACAGAAUACUUUCCACCUUCUCCAAGCGACAGUCAAUUGAAGAUCUUGGCAGAAACAUUGUCUCUGAAGGAAAAGCGUUUGAACUUGGGCACCUACACUGGACGGCCGAUUGAGCUGGACAAAAUCUUCCUGUCGAAGGUCAAAGUCCCCCACACGUUCGCUGUGCACUCAUACACCCGGCCCACCGUCUGCCAGUACUGCAAAAAACUGCUGAAGGGGCUCUUCCGACAGGGGCUUCAGUGCAAAGACUGCAAAUUCAACUGCCACAAGCGAUGUCUUGAGAAAGUGCCCAACGACUGCUUGGGGGAAUCGGUCCUCAAUGGAGAUUUGAUGAGUCCGGGUCUCGAUGUGGAUGUAAGCAUGGAGGACGUGAGUGACUAUGGAGACGGAGACAAGACCCUGGCAAUGGAAGACUUUGACGAUUCUCCCACAAACCCUGGCAUCAACUCGGAGAACGGUUUCCCCGGAGACGAUGACAGUCCCAGCAGAAUGAUGAGUGACCCCAUGGCCAGUAACAUCCCUCUGAUGCGUGUGGUGCAAUCUGUCAAACAGACCAAACGGAAACUCAGCACGACUCUGAAGGAGGGCUGGGUGGUUCACUACAGUAACCGAGAUGCUUUGCGGAAGAGGCAUUACUGGAGGCUGGACUGCAAGUGCAUCACUCUCUUUCACAAUGACACAGGAAACAAGUAUUACAAGGAAAUCCCGCUGUCCGAGAUCUUGGGUGUGGAGCUCGCCCGGAACUUUGCUUCUGUUCCCCAGGGUGGGAACCCUCACUGUUUUGAGAUCCGAACAGGCAGCGUGGUGUACUUCGUCGGCGAGAGCCCUUCCAGCCCCUCGUGCCCGGCAGCAAACGCCGGUGGGCUGAGUGUCGUGGUGGGUGCUGAGGAGGACAAGGCGUGGGAGAAUGCCAUCCGGCAAGCCUUGAAACCGGUCAUCUUCCAGGAUACGGUCAACGCCCAGGAACAGACACCGCGCAGACAGGCAUCUGUUAAUUUCUCAGUGGCCAACAGUCAAAUCUUGGAGAACGUGGACAUUGCUACCGUCUAUCAGAUCUUUGCAGAUGAGGUACUUGGAUCAGGACAGUUUGGCAUAGUUUAUGGAGGGAAACACAGAGAAACAGGGCGGGAUGUGGCUAUCAAGGUGAUUGACAAGCUGCGGUUCCCAACCAAACAGGAGAGCCAGCUACGGAAUGAGGUGGCCAUCCUUCAGGGCCUGCGUCACCCUGGAGUGGUCAACCUGGAAUGCAUGUUUGAGACGCCCGAGAAGGUCUUUGUCGUCAUGGAGAAACUCCAUGGUGACAUGCUGGAGAUGAUUCUAUCCAGCGAGAGAGGACGUCUGCCAGAGCGAAUCACCAAAUUCAUGAUCACACAGAUUCUUGUGGCGCUUCGUCACCUGCACUUCAAGAACAUCGUGCACUGUGACCUCAAACCGGAAAAUGUGCUGCUUGCAUCGGCUGAACCCCUUCCGCAGGUGAAGCUCUGUGACUUUGGCUUCGCUCGUAUCAUCGGGGAGAAGUCCUUUCGCCGAUCGGUGGUGGGGACACCAGCAUACUUGGCCCCCGAGGUUCUGUUGAACAAGGGCUACAACCGCUCUCUGGACAUGUGGUCAGUGGGGGUCAUCUUGUACGUCAGCCUCAGCGGCACCUUCCCCUUCAACGAGGAUGAGGACAUCAAUGACCAGAUCCAGAACGCCGCCUUCAUGUACCCACCAAACCCCUGGAAGGAGAUCUCACGGGAAGGCAUUGAUCUCAUCAACAACUUACUUCAGGUGAAAAUGAGGAAGCGAUACAGUGUGGACAAGUCUUUGAGUCACCCUUUCCUACAGGACCACCAGACGUGGCUGGACUUGCGAGAGUUGGAGUGUAAGAUGGGAGAGAGGUAUCUAACCCAUGAGAGCGAUGACUCGCGUUGGGAGCAAUUCAGCCAGGGUCGCAACCUCCAGUACCUGCCCCACCUAACCAAUCAGCCGCUUCCUGGAGGCAGCGUGGGGUGCAGUGACAUACAGAGACUCAGCGAGAGGGUCAGCAUCCUAUGAAUUCAGUCCGAGAGUCCGGGAAAGAACUUCAUACAUAAACACACAUGUACCUACACACACGCGCACAUACAUAUGUGUGCACAUGCACACUCGCGCAAACACACACAUACAUACACACUCCAGCGUCAUACCUUUUGAUGUCACAAAGGCUUCGGUUGUGAAUCGAGGAUGAAGUAUCAAGUCUCAAUGGAGGGGCUGGAUUUGGACUAAGGUUGCCUUUUGGCCAAUGUACUGCAGUUCGGGAUCACAAGAUGUGCCCUUGAGAACGUGAGAAUCUAUUUAUGGUGGAUGUGAAGGAGGAAACUUGUACAUAAUAUCCUUCUAAACUAAAUUGGGCUGGGGGUGGGCUUACUGUGAAAUUGGUCAAUGAGCCGAGCUGCUAAUCGUCCAUCA